GCAUCGCCACGAGUGAACCCUUCCGUCCCAUUCGUGCGUUUGCUCGGCCCUGAGCUGCUCUGCAUUGCCUCAUCUCGCCUCGCCACAGGCCGCCGGCAGACUGAUCGUCCGUCUCGCCAUGGCCAGCCAUCCAUAUCGCGGUCGUCGUUGGAGCCAGAGGGGGUCAAGCGCAGAUGCAUGGCUGGAGCAGGCGAUUUUGGGGCUGCGGUCGAAAGCGGGGCUGCGAGGGCCUGUGGCUCAAUGGCAGGAGCCGUCGAAGCGCCGAGGUGUGUCGCGCCUGCUGAUUGGACGUGCCAAAUGCAGGUGCGCGCCGCAGCCUGGCCAAUCGGCGGCUCGAUCACGCCUGCCUGCAGGGGCCUAAUCGCUCUAUCCCGGCCCGCUAAGCUGCGCCGCAGGGAUCAGGGAUGCACCGCCAAAACUCAUCGUCCAUUGCAGAUAUGAGUGGCCAGGUCGUGAUAAAUGCGUGCAAUUGCAGUCGACGGCAGUCUCUGCGCAUGACCGCGGCAUCCCGCAGUCAAGGCUCUGCCGCUUUGUCACUACAUCGUCAAAUCACAACUCACCAGCACUCGCACAUCCUUGCCCUGUUUCCAUCGCGGCUGCACUUGCUUGUGCCAGACGCUUCCUGAGACAGAUGGAUUUCAGCUUGCAUCCGCCGGCCUUAGGAUUCCAUUUCUCUUAUUUAUCACCUUUCCCCGAGCUCUGUUUACUGCUAGCCUCUUCUUGAAUCAACGCGCUAAGAGGUUUCUCCAGCAAGCUUGCCCGCAGUCUCCGCAAUCACAUCUAUCCGGCUGCUCUUGCACAGUAGCAUCUACCUCUCAUCUCAUUUGUUUCGCAAGCAAACCCCUGGUGAUCCUGCUGCUGUAGGGAAUUUUUCUUUACAUCACUAUCCUAGCAAAGCGGUAUGCCCAGUUCAGGUUGGCGACGGAGAC